AUGACAGCUCAUGCGAAUGAAAAUGGACGUUUUACUCUAACUGCAGAAGCUGUACGCAAUCAAUUUCAUGAGGGAAAUCGCAUUAAUACGGUGCCAAAUCAUACUGCUUUCAACAACCCUGGUGAAUCAGCAAAUCCUACGCAACCAAUGUAUAAUCAAAACUUGUUAAGUUUACUCUAUUGCAUUGCAGAUGAUAAAGCUGUUAAAGAUGGUUUUAGUCAUCGUGGAAUUGUGUGCAAUUCUUGUGGAAUGAAUCCGAUCUGUGGUAUCCGGUACAAGUGUGCAAACUGCAGCGAUUAUGAUGUUUGCGAACGAUGUGAAAGCAAGGAUAAUCAUAACAAAAUGCAUGUAUUCUUGAAAAUCAAAAUUCCUAUUCCUUCACUAAUAAAUCCUCGUAACGCUCUACUUUCACCUUUGUAUCCAGGAUCACAUAAGGUCAAGCAUUCUUUACUGCGGGAGGACAUUGCGUUGUACAAAAAAUCCACUCAUUUUGAUUUAUCAGAAAUUAAUGGCCUUUACGAACAGUUUUCAGUCCUUACUGAUAAUGUAAAAGGAAUAUCACGGGAGGUGUUUAAUUUAUGCCUUGGCCCACUUGGGCGUAAAGCAAAUCUAGUUAUGAGUCGUUUAUUUAAGUUUUUUGAUAGAAAUGGUAAUGGUUAUAUCGAUUUUAAUGAAUUUGUUCACGGCCUCUCAAUUCUUAUUAAAGGGAAUUUGGAUGAAAAGCUAAAAUACGUAUUUACUGGCUAUGAUUUAGAUGGGUCUGGCUACAUAAGUAAAGAAAAUUUAAGACGAAUGUUUAAGGCUUACUUUGGUGUUACAAUUGAUUUAGUACGGGAUGUCGUAAAAGGAUGUGAAGAUUCAAUGCCCUAUGAUAUCGAUGACAUGCAUGGAAAGCCUGUAUCAUCAUUUUUCAAUUCGCCAAUCCCUGUCAAUACUGGCCCAAGUGUUAGUUCUAAAGAGAAGGUUUUAAAGCUUCCUGACAAUCAAUCCAGUUUUUACGGAAAAAGAGAAAGCAUGUGGCCGGUUAUGGAAGCCAUGUCACAAGAUGCUAUUGAUGAGAUGGUAGAAAACGUUUUUCGUCAUGGCGAUCUUAAUAGGGAUGGCAGGUUGUCCUUUGAUGAAUUUAAAAUUUGCACGCUUACUGAUCCAACAUUGGUAUCUUGGUUCGAAGCUUUGGGAACAAUUUUCUAG